AUGCUAGGUAUCCUCAACUCAGACCAAGUCAAGUUCAAUGAGGCGGAGGAGAUGUAUGAGCGGGCGCUAGAAGGUAGGGAGAAGGCGCUUGAACGUGAUCACACAUUGACUCUCCGCACGAUCAAUAACUUGGGUCUCCUCUAUAAGGACCAAGGCAAGUUCAAGGAGGCGGAGGAGAUGUACAAGCGGGCGCUACAUGGUGUCACAUUCAGUAUAAGCCAAGAUAUCACUACGCAUUAG